AUGUCGUCUCGUUUUACCGUGUAUUACGGUCCAGUCAUCAAUCCAAAAUCGCUUACCUUGUACGAAACAAUCCCAAGCUGCCUCCUAGCUGUUUCGUCGACAGGAAAUAUCGAAUGGAUAGCUGCGGACAUCACUGCCUCUCACGUGCACGAGACCAUCAUCCAGAAAGGAUGCACAGAUUUCGAUGUCGUGCGUCUAGGUUCUGGGGAGUUCAUCAUUCCCGGGUUUAUAGAUACACAUACCCAUGCAUGCCAAUUUUCUGCCAUUGGAACUGGAUACGACAAAGAGCUUCUAGAUUGGCUUGCAGACCUCACGUAUCCUGGGGAGGCCAGGUUUUCCGACCCCGAUUUUGCGAGGCGCAUAUAUCCAGGUGUUGUCAGGCGCACGCUUAAUUGUGGGACAACUGCUUGUUGUUAUUACGGAACAUUACAUCUUGAAGCUACCAAAAUUCUAGCAAAUGUUGCUCAUGCAAUGGGGCAGCGCGCAUUUGUUGGGAAAUGCAACAUGGAUCAGAGUGCUCCUCAAUAUUACAUAGAACCGUCUCCCUCCGAGUCUAUUCAGGCUACUAAAGCUCUUCUUGAGCAUAUCCAAACACUAGACCACUCCCCAGCUGGAGAGCCACUCGUGCACCCCAUCCUCACUCCCCGCUUUGCUAUAUCUUGCUCUCCAGAGCUACUCAAAGAGCUUGGCAAACUUGCUGCAGCCAACCCAUCACUUGCAAUUCAAACCCACGUAUCCGAGAACAAGGAGGAAGUUAAGGAAGUGCACAGAUUGUUCGGAUGCGACUCUUACGCAGGUGUAUACGACACGUACCACUUACUCCGCGAGAACACGAUCCUCGCGCAUGGGAUAUAUUUGACUGAUGACGAGGUCAAGUUACUUAAGGAGCGAAAUGUGGGCAUCAGUCAUUGUCCUGGUAGCAACUUCCAUGUCAACAGUGGUGUUGCAAGGGUUGGUGAAUGGCUCGAUCAAGGUAUCAAGGUCGGCCUUGGGACAGAUGUAUCGGGUGGUUAUUCACCCUCUAUCCUGACUGCCGUGCAACAUGCAAGUAUCGCAUCUAAAGUGAUUGCUAUGGAAGCCAGGUCUGGCAGUCACCGCAAUGGACAUGGUCAUGACCAUCCUCACCAGGCUACAGUGCAAUUCUCAAAUAAGCAGCUGCCCAUCGCGACUCUUUUCUACCUUGCCACACUUGGGGGAGCGAACGUGUGUUGCCUCCAACAACGUGUAGGCUCUUUUGGACCGGGUAAAGCGUUUGAUGCGCUGGUAGUCAGUGUGCGUAACGAUACAGGAAAUCCCGGAGUUUGGGGUGUUACUCCUUCAGAAAGUGAAGAUGUGAGUGAAGACGUGAUGAAGGGUUGGUUGGAGCAGUUCUUGUUCUGUGGUGAUGAUAGGAAUAUUAGGCGGGUUAUAGUCCAAGGAAAAGUUGUAGGUGGGCUUGAUUUUACAGAGUAGGAGUUCGAGACAGUCGAGCUAUAGGGGAUGUUUCAAUUCGCUUGAGUCGAAACAUUUAGGGCAGGAAAGCUGUCUACUUGGGUUUUCGGUGAUCUAGUUUCGGCUUACGAGAUCCGGUGCAUUAAUAUCCCCAGUAGCGCGUCAUAGGGGCUCUGUAUAUCACUGGGAGCUGUGGUAAAGCAGUGCCUUAUCU